GCAGAUUCCAAAAAUUAUUAACAGAAAUAGCAACCUGCUGCAUUCUGCUUUUCCACCACCCCUUGCUGCAUUUGCUCUCUCUUUUUUCUUUUUGCUGCAUUUCUUCAUCUUUGGACUCAUUGUUGUUGCUAAGCAAUUACCUAGGCUGUGUUGUUGACACCUCAAAAAAUAAAUACUAUCCUACUUUCAACCUAUUCAUAAUCUUGGUGGAGAACACACAAAUAAUUCUAGAGCUUAUCUCUUUCUUUCUCAUCUCUGGUGUUCUUAAGAAACUUGGAAAAUUUUCACUUCUUUUCCUUUUCUUACCCCAUUUCUGCAGAUCUUCUACUUUGCUGAGAUGGUGCUUGGGCUGUCAAAUUUGGAUAUUAGCUUUGAAGUACUUUCUCGAUUGCGAACAAAAUCGUUGCUUGAAUUGAAGCUUGUGUCAAAGAAAUGGGGCAAUAUGUUCUCUGAUUUAUCCUUCAUGCAGCUUCAUUCCCAAAGAUCAACACCUAUUAUUUCUGGAUUCUUCUUCCAAGGGAGAUUUCAGACCUGUGAGGAUGAUAUUGAUAAUGUAAGCUAUAUCCCUGUUGAUAAAGCAGAAAUAAGAGCUAUUCAUAAGACAGUUUUGGAUUUCUUAUCUGAGAAAGUUGUUCUGAUGGCUUCCAGCAAUGGGCUUAUUUGUUGUAGAAACAGCAAGACUAAUAAGUCCUCUGCAAUAUAUGUUUGCAAUCCGGCUAGCAGGCAAUGGGUCAAGCUCGAUUGGUCUUGGGAUAGAGAAGAGAGAGGCAUGGGACUGGCACUAGUUCCUAGUGGCAGCUCUUCAGAAUUUAGACUGGUGAACUUGCAUCGUUUGGAAAUAGAAUAUGAAAAUCAUGAUGAUUUGGACUUCACUUAUUCGUUUGAUAUCUACUCUACCAGAACCGGGAAAUGGAAAACAUCGGAUGAUAUGUGCUUGUGCAAAUAUAGCCUGGUUAAGAACCUUGGAAUUUAUGUCAGUGGAAUCUUAUACUGGCUAACUGACGGGGAUGUGAUACUUGCAUUUGAUUUGGAAAACGAGAAAUCUCAUUUGAUCAAUAUACCAGUUGGGCGGCAUCCAUUCAAAGAAGGACCCGAAGGUUGCGUAGGAGAGUUCAAUGGGCAACUGUAUUAUAUCACGAUCAAGAACACGGGAAUGCAAGUUUGGAUUCUUGAAAACUAUUAUGCAUCUGAAUGGGUACUCGAGAGCUGUAUUUCUCUAGACAUAAUGGAGCAAGACAAUCCAAAAAUCAUCUACAGUGCAGCAGAAAGAAUGGAAAAUCCGUGUGACCAGAACCCGUAUAUGGAUCCUUUGGCUUUUCAGGAUGGGCUCUUGCUAAUGAAGGUGUGCUCUAUGAUUGUUUCCCAUCGCUUGGAAACGGGGAAGCUCAAGGAGUUGUGUACCUAUGACACUUUGGGACCUAACUCGUUCAUUAAUCCGAUGGUAUUGCCUUACAGCAUGAGCUUAGUGCCAUUGCAACGCAUGUGACUCCGUACCAACCGGAGACGGAGCUGAGGGCUAUCCCAGGCUGUAACUUGGGGUUGAUUCUGGGUACAGCUUUUUUUGUUUCUUUUUCGUAGUGAUAACUGGUAAGGUAGUUUAUCUAGUAUGCUUGAAUUCAUGAAGGCGUCAGCUGUAAUGGUACCUCAUCUUGUGCGUACCAUAUUUUGACCGGGUAUAUCUCAGGUGGCCAGGGGAAGAAAUUAAUGUGAUUUCGAAAUUCAGAUGCAUAGAAUUUUUAUCUCAAGGUAGAGGCUGAUCUUCUUCCAGAAUCUAAUCCUAGUGGUUCUUAUGCCAAGAAUAACAAAUCCCAUUUGGAAUCUAUCUUUCUUGUUUCUGUUUUUGCUCUCUAAAUGUACGCACUUCAGUCUUAACAUGAAAA